AUGGACGCCAAUACUAGUGUCGGUGAUGGAUAUGGAACUGGCAAAGGGGCGGGCCGUCAGCAUUCUAUGACCUUUGAAUCUACACCAACGCAUUUCGCCACUGUUUCCAUCACCGCAAAUUCUGUGAUGGCAGUAUCUCAAAAUCCCCCAAAUACGGACAAUCAACCCUCAGCUUAUGCAUCCACCCACCGAUGGGAGAAGUAA